UUGUAUCAUUAAUAUAUUAGUCAUCAUCUAAGGAUACAUUUUAUAAUUAACUUUUACGUUAUGUUCGUCAUCGUGUCAAAGUUAUGUCCUGUAUUGGAAUUAAAAGUACCUAUUAUUAUAUCUACAAUAUGGUUAUUCUACGUAGUAAAUAUAAAUGAAAUUGGUUCCGUCAUUGCGUGUGAUUGAAUAGAAUACUACCAAAUGUUUUUUUACGAUUAUAUUAUUCGUAGAAUUAUAACUGUUAUACUGUUAAUAGUCGCUUAUUGAAUGUUUCGUAUAAAUUAUAAUUAUCAUAUAUUUCUCUAAUUUUAAUUGUCGCUUGUUGUUAAUAGCUGUUUUACUUUAGUUGUAGUAUUAUACUAGCUAUUACAUCGGCUAGCCUACAUUCUAUUGGUAUUUUUUCACGUCAGAUACAAAAAUUACAGUUGAAUUAAAAACCUAUUUUGAAGUCGGUUGAAAACAGAACAUUGACUGUGACAACUGGAUUUGAUCCAGUCGGUUUCGGAACAGCUAUUACAAUGGCGUUAUAUGAAAUAUAUUUCUCUUUAGUUUUACUAUCAAAGUGUAUUGGAAUUGACUUAGAUUAUUAUAUUGAUGGAGAUACUUAUAAUAAUGACACUAAUAUGGAACAAAUAGAACGCAGAUAUGAUGGUUCUUCCAUAUUGGCCGAAAAUGUUGCUUUUACAAAAGCAGCUGCCUUGGCUACUAAUGCCAUGUUAUUUAAUGAAUAUCAAGAAGAUGACGAGUUUAAAAUAUAUUUAAAAUUAAAAAAGAAUGUCAAAAUUACAUUAAAUUCUACAUUAAAUAUAUCUAAUCAUAGCAUUCCAGUGAAAACAUUAGGGACUCCAGAUAAAUUACCUAAGGUGUCUAUUACUAUGAUGUCAUUAUCACCAUUUGACGUGAUAAAUAAUUACCAAUAUGAUUAUAGUGAUGACGAUACCCAACUCGAACUACCACGUGAGGAUAAUGUGCAACGAAGUGUUAAUAUUUCAGUGAACAUUUCUAAAACGAAUGACUCUCAGAAUAAUACCAAUCAAAAGAUAUACUAUGCAGACUUUUUUAAUUUAAAGUCAGCUGCAGAAACUGUAAAUUAUAACCAUAAAACCUCUGAAAGUAACACUUGGUAUGUCCCAGAAAAAUAUCCUUGUUGGGAGUUGCCUGUUUUGUAUGGAAAAUUACGAAGAAAAAGUAAUGCUUCAGAUGUUUUUCAUCUUUAUGCUGGUAAAUUAAGAAAUGUAAUAGAUGAUGAAAAACAAGAAAGUUCUUUAUCUAAAUCUUAUGGUCAACCACCAUUCCAAACAUUUUACAAUAAAUGGUGUACUGUUAAACCUUGUUAUGGUGACCAUACUCUUUGUUUAUUUCCUCACAAAACUAUUUCUAAACUUUGCGAUGCAGGGUACAAAGUUGAAAAACCCACCACCAUACAACAAAUUGCAUUUGUUAAUACUCUGAAUUCUAUGCGAAAUAGUGUAGCUAAUGGUGCAUCACAAGAAUACCCCCAUUUUCCUUCCGCUGCUAACAUGAAGCAAAUCAUAUAUGAUUUAGAUUUAGAAAGAAUAUCAGAAGCAUGGUUGCGGCAAUGUCUUCCUGGACCAGCACCUUGUUCUGCUCUUAAUGGAAACUAUAUAACAUCUUUAGAAUGCACUAAAAGUGCCGAACACUGUUGCAUACAUUCUGACGCUACUUCUAAAUGCAUACCAAGGAAUGAAUGUCUUGUUUCACCUAUACUUGGAUGUAUUUACAUUUGGUUUCUGAGUGCUGGAAGUAAAUUUAAUGAAACUGACAUAAAAUGUGGUCAUACAAGUCCCGUAACGUUUAAUACUGCACAAUUAAUUUGGGCUAAUACCAAUAAAAUUGGUUGCGCUUAUGGUAUAAGGACCAAUGGCGAUAUUAGAGUAGUGUGUAAUUUUGCACCUGGCGCACCUUUUUUUCUCAAUACUAAGUAUUAUUGUGGAUUUAUUGCUCAUAACGAUAUUUCAACUAAGAUUCAAUUAAAGGAUUUAAAUGUAACAGAUCAAAAAUACAUCUCAUUUUUGGGACUUCAAUUGGACCCACCAGAGCAUGAAAUAAUUUAUGAUAAAAUGAAACAAAAUUUUAAUUAUUCUAAUAUAUCAAAUAACGAUUAUUCAAAAUUUUGGAGCUUGCACGAUUUAAAUAAGAAAUAUAAUCAAACACAAAUGAGGAAGAAUGCAAUAGGAUAUACUAAUGGGACUAUUGGAAUUAUAGCAAAAUUAGUGACUAAAUAUACAUUUUUUGACGAAAGCCAAUCGAGAUGUGAUACAGGUGAGCCAAUAUACAUUGUUGGGAGACCAGGCUCAUUAUGUAUAGAAAAAAGUAGGCGGUUUCACGCUCUGUGCUACGAUUUUAGAGAUCCAACGCCUGGUUAUAGAUUGGUGGCUGUGAUAGCACCUAUUGCAUUAUUUUCGCUAAUUUUAUAUGAUUUAUUUAGCGGUGUGGUGAGACAGACAAAUUAUUGAUAAACAAAUAUAUACAUCUCAAGAACAAAUACAUUAAUGUCUGUUAAAAUAUAUAUACUCUAUCCUUUCUCGUCCCGGCGAAUAAAAACGGAAAAUUAAUUGUCGAGAAAUGGAAAGCAGCAUCACUCUUUAAACAUCACCAAAGACUAAUUGCGGUUGCUAACCUGCCUUCCAGGCAUGGCAACUACUGGCAUGGAUGAUAUGAUAUGAUGAUUCUACCAUACCAAAAAACUAACGCAGUCUAUUUGAUAUUUAAAAUCAGAAUCAUGUUCUUUUUUUUGUUACCAUUUGGUGCGAAGGACUGACCACCACAAAAAUAACACUUCAAACUUAUAUAAAGUAUUAUGAUUUAUUAUAUAACCUUUAAUACUUGUGCUUCACAAAUAACAAAUAUUGAAUUUAUGUAAUGGAAUCCAUUAAUUUUCCGAUCCAGAAACCAUCAGAAAUGUAUUGUAAUUUUAAUAAAAAUAGGUGAAUUCCUAGUAUUUCACCUAUACUAUAUUCGUGUAAUUACGUGUGCAUAGAAUAAAUAUUUAAAUACGGUACUCACCUUUAG